AUGCUUACAAUAGCCUUUCAAUCCCCUCAAAAUGCCUCUCAAAUUGACAAGCUUAAUAAGGAUCUUCAGUCUCAUAAGGCUUCCUUGGGGUCUCUUGAGACACUGAAUGAGCUUUGUGGAUAUGCUGAGAAAAUUCAAAAAAAUCUUGUUGACCAAAAUCCUUCAACAUCAUUAUUAAAUAACCUCUGCACAGGCCUCGAAAAUUUUCUCGGCUACGAGAAGGGGAAUUACACCGGCUCCGGCAUCGUGUACUCGGACCUUGACAGGCUGUGCGACGGGGUGAUGUCUUUCCUUCAUGGUGUUCUUCAGACUGUAAAAAACGACAGUAAUCUUAACAAAUAUGCUAAUACGCUUGAAAAGUCUGUUAAUGAGCUCAAAACUGCUCAAGGAAAAUCUGGGCUAAAAGGCGUUCUUGGCCGCGUGACUUCCGGCAUUGGGAAUUAUGUUCACGAGUUUGAGAAAGACAGUGAGGCGUUUAAAAGUGCUUUAAAUACUCUUGAUAGCAAUCAUAUUAAGACCUAUAGUAAAGCGCUUGAGUCUCUCAAUUCUGCUGUAACAGAUCAAAAUGAUGAACUUGUAAAGCAGUUGAAUCAGUGUAAUCAGGCAGCCGGACAGUUCACUGCGCAGUUAAGUGUGGUUGAAGAUAAUUUUAAGAGGCUUGACGAGAACCUAAAAAAUAGGUUAAAAGAUGAUUAUAACACAAUCAAACUCGAGGUGACAAGAUUUGCCGCCUUGGCCGGAAAUGGUGUUUUGCUAGAGGUGCUUGAGGAUGUGGAUAAAAAAGCUGAGGAAUUGGGGAAGUUGAAAGGGCAGCAUGAAAAGGAGCAUCAAAAGCUUGUUACCGAGAAAGUUGCGCAGUUGAAGAGAGAGAUACAGCAGGAAAUUGAUAGGAUCAUUAAAGAUGUGUCUAGCAUCGAGAGUGAUCUGCAAAAGUGGAUCGCACAGGCUGAGAGUUUUGUGAAGGAGGCAGAACGUAAGGCUAAUUUAAUUCUGCCGGAAGUUGAUGACACGCAGGGUAAAGAGGCUAUAACCAAAAAUGCCAGGGCAUUGCAGGAUAAGGCAGAAAAACUUUUAACAGCUCUGCAGGAAACCCAUGGGAAGGUUACUAAGCUGCCACAGGAAAUCACUCAGAGGGUAAAAAGCUUGGAAGGGGUUUACGAAAUGAAGAUUAAAGAAGUAGCCAAGGAGGUACAUAGCAAGGUGACAAAAGCGGUGGGGAAUCUUGCUAGCUUGAAGUCAGCAGUUCAAAGCGGAUUGGAGGUGUUGAAGGAAAAGAGAAUGGACAGACCCAUUCAUGACGUGAUAAACGCUUUGCAGGGGGGAAUCAAAGACGGAAUUCAAGGACGCGGACUUACUACUCUCAGCACUGCAGCUUUGAAUGAUGGCGCGGGAAUCGUCGCCAAAUUUGCUGGGGGUCUUGCAGUGACGGAAGGUAGCAAUGUACGAAAGUUGGUUGCAUGGGCUGAGCAAGCGAUGGUUAAUGGCAGCUUUACGGGCGCUCUAGACCUAUUAUCCCACACCUCAAAAGAGUGUGGUACCAUUCCCACAGUAGCCGACCACAGUUUUAAGAAUUUCAAAGCCCUCUUAGAAAAACUCUACGGCGAUGGCCCCAAAGUAGAUGGCGAUAAGAAUUUUUUUGACUGUCUCAUUGAAGACCUCCGAAAUAACGUUAAAAAGGUGAUACAGGCGGUAAAAGAAAACAAAGAUUCCGAGUUUCAAAAAGUAUUUGCUGAUUUCAAUAGGCAGACGACGCAAAACGGCGGUACGCUUAAGGAUGACAUCCAACGGAUAGCAGCAUUUGAAGGCGGGAUUAUACCUCUUGGAACGAAUGACUACAAGAUAACCGCUGACGACUUCAAAGGUUAUAAAGAACAUGGCAGCAAAGGCGCGCUGCCUGAACUUGAAGCUAAAAUCAAGGAAGUAGGCAACGUGUUACAACCCUUUAAAACCAAAAAUGUCGUUGACAACUUCGCCAAGGUAGAACCUGAAAAACAAGAAGUAAAGCAGACGCUCGAGCGUAUAACAAAUAAGCUUGCUCAGCUUAAAGAAUGGCUCAACAAAGACGGCAAAAAGGAAUCUAAAGACAAGGGCAUCCUACCACUUCUUAAGGAAUUGCAAGGUGACAUUGGUAAAGGUAAGAAAUCCGGGCUUGAAGGGAUCCAGGAAAGGAUUAAGAAACUUCAUAAGGACGUGUUGGUUCAACUGCGAUCCUCAGCCGAUCAAAAACUUCAAGCCGCCGAGACGAAAGCCCACGAGACGAAAGCCCACGAGGUCAUCGGCGUUGUCCACGACCUUUACCAGGAACAGAUCAAAUUGGCCGUCACAGCAAUCAGGACGGCAGCCAGAGAUCAAUACAAUGCUACGGUUCACAAGGCAUUACAAGCGUUGACACAGCUCUACGAAAAGCAUAAAAAGCUUAUUGAAGAUGCAAUCAAAACGGACGAAGCAUCCGGAAUUAAGGGCCUGAUGAAGGAAAUUGAUAAACAUAAAGCUAAUCUAUCACAGAUUCCCGAUAAAACUGAAUUAGCGCUAAUGGCCCUCUACUUCAAUAAGUUCCUUGCCAAAAUUAUGGACUAUGGAAAAGGACAAGUAGAUGGAGACAGUGCACUUAAAAGCGACGUGAAAUCCAUCUCCUUGCUCUCUCAUACUUUAUUCGACGACCUUUACGCGUCAAAACACUUCGACCACACUUUUAAAGAAAACAUUAAGAAUCUCACUAAUAAGCUCAGCAGCUUUUCACCUAAGCAGUUCGUUAAUUCCCACCAUCCAGAGUUGGCUGAUAUCCUGAAAAAAGGAAUGACAGGACUGGCAAAUGAGUUACAAGAGGCGUACGUCUCAGCCUAUUCACAGCAGAAGUUUAACGGUGCGUUGUUACAAAAGAAGGCAUCUGUCACUCCACAGCCUGCUGCCGGUGCCGGCCUAGCAUCUCAUGCCUCAAGCGCUGCUGCCUCCCAGAUUACUGCUCCCGCCAGAGGACUACAAGGCUCUCCAGUUUCUGCCUCCGCUCCCGGAUCUCAGUCUCCUUCGGACACUGAGAUGGAGUUAACCACCGAGGGCCGCAACUGCGCCAAGGUCUGUCUGACCAUAAUGGAGGGAUUGUUUGCAGACUUCAAUACGUUGAAGAGUAAGUGUAACGGAGGAGGGGAAUGGAAUGGCAUGAGAAUUCAUUUAGGAAUGGUUGAUAAACCUAACGCAAAAUCACCAGCGAAGGGGCAGCAAAAGGAGAAAAUUAAAAAUCCGCUCGGUGAAUUUUUUGAUAAGCGUGGUUUCAAGGCGCCAGAAGAUGACAAGAAGCAGAAUGGGGAGUUGAGGUAUAAUGAGAAGUUCACAGGUCAGCAAAUUAAGACAGAAUUGCUUGACCAUACAAGAAGCGUUCCCAGCAUUCAAUGCCUUGCUGAUUGGAUGAAAGAGAAAAACAAAGUAGCUUUCAAUGUUGCACAGAGUAACACUAAUAUCUCUUUCAUCGACUUUGUUGAAUUCCUUCGCUGGCUGUUCCGAAAGUACUACAAUGUAUGUCAGCAUAUACAUAUCGAUUCUCCCAAGGCGCCGAGUAAUAUCUACCAGAUGAUGCAAUGGCUGUCUGGACUUCGGUUUAAUCCGAUGCGUAGCAAACUGGAGGCGUUCUUUAAGACAUUGUUAGAUAAGCCCAACGGGAAGAAUGACCACAGAGAAUACAAGGACAUUGAAGCUAAGCAUUUAAAACUAGAUGCCACUACACCUUUCACAGCUGACACCCUAGUUGUCCAACUCGGGCAAGUUUGUUUACGCUCGCAACUUGCACUAGUCGCAAUACUUGGUCACGGCCACGCAGGUGGCAUAUAUGCGUGCGAUUUCCGCACAAACCAAGAGAAAUUAUCGUAUCCCAGUAACGUCUCUUCCUGCUUAGAUAUGCUUGUAGACAUCUUACGUAGAGUGUUUCAACAAACAUACUUUGUAUAUAGCCUGUGUAAAAAUGGUAGUAGCCGUGGUACAUCGGUGGCUCCUCAUGGCAAUGCAACAAGCUGUACUGUCCUAAGCAAGACUGCGACCAAAAGCACAACCAAACAUGUAACCAAAAGGCCGACCAAGUGGCCAACCAACACGUCAACUGUGGCAUAA